AUGCUCCCCGCUGAUGGCCCCGCGCCCGACACAACUGUCGCCGUUGUGCGCGACUACUCCGUGCGCACCUUCUCACGGGCGGAUGCGGCCGAGCCGCGUGAACCCGCACUUAUCCGGGCUACAUGCUGCAAUCGCCUCGCAGGGCCCGCGCUCGACUUCAUUGAAUUGCCCGACGCCCGCAUGCACUGGGCCCCGCUUCCUCGCAGAGGAACGCAUGGCAUUGAGGCCUGGCACCCGCAAUGGUUGUGCAUGCGGUGCCACAACGAGCUGCCGUUCGAGAGCGUUCGCAUCCCGAGUCCAACGGCCACGUGCCCUGUGUGUGUCACGCCCAUGCUUUGGGAGGUGGACGUCGCAAGGCAUCACGAACGGUGGGUCUGCAGCCGUUGCCCGUUUGCGCAUGCAGCAAGGCCGUUCGCCCCAGCAUGCCACGCACCCGACGUAGCCAACCAACAGCCCGCCAAUCCCCCUGCACAGGGAGAUGAGCACGGCGCUGCGCCAGCGCCAGCGCCUGCGCUGUUCCAGUACACAACUAGUGGUCCCCCGCCCCUACCCCUGCGCGAAGGCACCAACUCUGCAUUGUACGUGCCUUUGCUACUUGACGCGGCAGGCCUGCUCACGGCACAGGCUGGGCACAGGCGCAGCUCGCCUGGCGCUCACGCGCUCCCAUCAGCGAGUGGUGGCCUGCCGAUGCCUGCCGCGGUCGAGGCGCUGCGGGCUCGCCCCUUCAUCCCUGUCGACGAGCUCACACAAGCAUUUGAGCACGUUGCUCUCGCUUUCGCGCCCCCGGUCCUGCAAUCGCCCUCGGUUCAACGUUUCCGGGUCUGGGCCGGAGCACGAGCUGGUCAAGUCGCCUCCCUGUCCGAUGUGUUGCGCGCAAUAGCCGUUGCACCCGAGGGCCACUACACGCUUCGUGCCCGGCCUCCUGACGCACCUGACCCGCCCCCACAGAUCCAUCCCGGCGCUUCUGCCGACGCUGCUGCGCCUGCAGCCCUGCGCCAGCGGAGUGACGUGACGCCUCCCCCGCCCACAGCACCUACUUGGCGCGCAGACCCGCAAGUCGUGACAGAGCCUGCCGUCUGCCCUGCAGUGCCGAAUCCGCAGGGGGCGUUGCCGGACCCGCUAGCCGGCUCUGCGCCGCCCGGUGUCGUGCACCCCGCAGAGCCUGCCCACGAGCACGGCGACCCCGACGCGGCGCGGGCUGCUAACACCGACACCAGCUUAGCCAGGCUCGCCGCUCAAGCAGCAUCACGCUCCCGUGCUGGCGGCCGAGGCCGGCGUGGCGGACGCGGACGCGGGCGCGGACGCCGGCUGGUUGAAAACGAAGGUCCAGCUCCCGCGCCCGAAGCAGACGCUGCUGCGGACGGCCCUACCCUCAAUCGCGAAGGCACUGCCGCGCAACGCCGAGUCGCCGCGGCAGAAGAUGGCAUGCGCCUUGGCUUAGCGGCCUUGGAUGACGUUUGCCUCGAGGACAUUUUCCGCUGCCGCACUCUCACCCUUCAAGCCGUCCCCGCCCGCUUACGCGGGGCCCUCCGUACGGCCAUGCGGACAGGGCUCGAGCUAGUCUCUGAGCGAACAUCACCGCAGCAGGAGCUCCGAGGCUGGAAACUUUUCCUUCUGGCUCCGCGCAUGCUUCUCCACCGUGCCGCGGGCCAGACGCGCAUCCCCCCUGCGGAACUGGCACUGCGGUGCGAGGCGUUUGCGCGUGGAGAGUGGUUGACUCUCCUUCAUGCUGCUGCCCGCACUGCCGAAGCCCCACACCUCGCGGCAGCGCGCUCUGCCGCCCAGGACGUCGAAGCCAGAGCCCACCGCGCUGCAGCUUUGGUACACCUCGGGGAGUUGUCUGCUGCAGGGCGCGCCCUCACCGCAGAGCCCCUCGCCCCUGCCACCAACGCGACUCUCGCCGAGCUCCGGGAUCCUAUGCGGCGCCCGCCCGAACCGUACGGAGCCACCAACGAGCACCUUCGCAUCCUCUUAGACGACGAGGUCGAUAGCCAACUCCUGCACUGCGCCGCGCAGCGCCUUGCACAAGCCGAUGUGCCCGCUGCGGCCCUGGCUGCACUCCGCGUCGGAAGAAUCGUCGCUCUGCAGAAGCCGGAUGGACGCGGCAUCCGCGCCCUUGUGAUAGGCGACGUCCUGCGGCUCUCGGAAUGGUUGCCGCCCGCCCGAGAUGGCCGGCCAGUGUGGGUUGGGGACCCUGCACUCCCUCCGGACCAACGGGGCAUCCACGUGCUUGGCACCCUCAUUGGGCAUGACACCUUCCAAAAAGCGGCACUGCUGGCCAAACAGUGCCAGCAUGACUCGCUCCUGGACAAGCUGCCGGGCGAACUCCUUGGAAGCGACGGGCCAUUGCACUUCGACGAUCAGGCACUGCAACGCGCCAUGCUGCCGCUACGACUCGGCGGGCUGGGUCUCCGCUCGGCCGUGGCCGGCCGCUGCGCAGCUUAUUGGGCUUCGUUGGCAGACACAUUGCCCACGUUGCAAAACCGAGCUCCGGAGCUGGUGGCUGCUGCGUACCACCCCGCCGGGAGUGCCGGCGCGGUGCCUGCCACAAGCAGCGUUGCCGAGCUGCUGCAAGCAACCACACGCCUGAGCGAGGCGGGCUACGCAGCACCGGGAUGGGGCGUGCUCUCGGCCGGCGGGGAACCACCGUGGGAGCCUGCUGAGCGCGACCGAGGCUGGUAG